AUGUCCGGCAAAGACCUGGGACCCCCAAAUCUUGGGUUCAUGAAAUGCGAAACUUGCUGGAGACAACACCAGCCGUUUCUUGAUACGUCCGGUUACCGACUUCUUCCCAAGUUUGAUCCAGCUGGAAGCCACUAUAGAAGACCAAUUAUGAGAUGUUCCAGAGCGAAGGGAGGGCGCUUCAUUCUUGUCAGUGUCACCUUGCGUUAUGGAUGCAACGCGAGUCCGAGACGGGAGGCAGGUGAUGCUAAAACAAAGUCUCCCAAGUCUGAAUUUCGGUUGGAAGUCGAAUUAUCUGUCUUUCUUUCUUCCCCUCCGCCUUCGGAGGAUUCGCAUAAUCACUGUGCACCGAUCUAUGAUGUAUUACAGUCUCCACAUGACACGGACUAUGAGAUCCUUGUCAUGCCUUGGUUGCGCAAGUUUCUUUCGCCUAGUUUCGACACCGUUGGAGAACUCGUUGAGAGCUUUCGACAAAUUCUGGAGGGAGUCGAGUCUCUGCAUCGCCGUUCCGUUGCUCAUCAGUGGGAUAAGUUUCGCGAUCUCUAUCCGAAAAGGUUUCAUCCCGCCAAGCCUCGAAGGAAUGCAACUUUCACCGGAUCGGCAAAACACAUCACUCGCGCAGAGUGUUGGCCACGUUAUUUUUUUAUAAUCGAUUUUGGAAUGUCCCGUCGUUAUGUACCUCCAGAGAUACCAUACGAUCCUGUCUUGAACUGUGGCAAUCAUUAUGUUCCGGAAUGCAUUGGUUCGAAAGAGGGUGACCGUUGCAAUCCAUUUAGGAAAUAUGUUGGAGGAGUAUUUCCGUGUGGUUAG